CAGUCAGUCCUCUGUCGAUCUCUGAACUAGCUUCGUUCUGGAGACUUUACCUUUUUCCUGGAAGGGAAUACAGAAGAAGAAAUGGCUCCUGUGUUCCUGGCAGCCAGAUCACAGGAAUCAGUUACAUUCAAGGAUGUGGCUGUGAACUUCACCCAGGAAGAGUGGGGGCAACUGAACCCUGCACAGAGGGACCUGUACAGAGAUGUGAUGUUGGAGAACUAUAGAAACCUUAUCUCACUGGGACUUCCUAUUUCCAAACCUGAUGUGAUCUUUCAGUUGGAGCAAGGACAAGAGCCUUGGAUGCUUGAUGUGCAAGGAACUGAAGGGAGAGAGGUCCCAAGAAAUACCUCUUUGGUUUCAGGCUGGGAGAAAAAGCCCAACACCUGUAAGUCAGUUCCAAAACAGAACAUUUCAGAAGAAAUAAAAUCACCAGAGAUAUUAACGGAAAGAUCCACAAGUGAAGUUACUGUACCUGAGGUUAGAUUGGAGAAGAAAAGAGAAAACUCUGAAGGGAAAACAUUGGAAAAAUCACUUUCCCAAGAGAGAAGUUUCAAGAAACUUUCAAUCAAUGCCUCCAAAAAUUCCAGUAAAGAGAGAGGCCCUGAAUGUAAUGUAUGUGGGAAAACCUUCAGACAUAUAAGUAGCUUUCGAAGACAUCAGAUUACUCACACAGGAGAAAGACCCUAUGAAUGUAAUGAAUGUGGGAAAGCUUUCUUUGACUGUUCAUCCCUUACUAUACAUGAAAGAAUUCAUACUGGAGAGAAACCCUAUGAAUGUGAGGAAUGUGGGAAAGCCUUCUUUGACCGCUCACAUCUUAAUCGACAUCAGAGAAUUCAUACUGGGGAAAAGCCCUAUGAAUGUGAUCAGUGUGGGAAAGCCUUCUUUGACCGCUCAUCUCUUACUCAACAUCAGAAAAUUCAUAGUAAAGAGAAGCCAUAUGAAUGCAGUGAAUGUGGGAAAACCUUUAUACAAAAAAGGAAUCUUAAACGACAUCAGAUAACUCAUACUGGAGAGAAACCCUUUGAAUGUGGUGUAUGUGGGAAAAUUUUCAGUCACAAGUCAUCUGUAAUCCAACAUCAGCGACGUUAUGCCAAAGAAUAACCCUGGAAAUAUCAUGAAUUUUGGGAAAACUUCAGCCAAAUUUAUCACUUUAUUAAAUGCUCAAAAACUUAGGCACGAAGAGAGACCACAUAAAAACUUAUUAAUCUCCCUUAUUUUAAAUAAACUUGUUGUUCAAACUUA